AUGUCUAAUGCUAACAAGGGUGUCAACUUCUCGUUGAAACUGAUGAAGAGUAAAGAUGAAAGGAAGGUACUCUUUGCAGAAGCCGACCACCAUUUCAUAGACAUUCUGUUAAGCUUCUUGACUUUGCCGUUGGGAAGAAUUAUGGAAAUCUUCGACGGCCACUUUGAAGGUAAUGAGACGCCCAGCAUCGGAAGCUUAACCAGUUUGUAUCGCAGCUUAGGAGACCUCGAUGAGGCCUAUUUUGUGACGGAGGAUGCUCACAAGGCUCUCCUCUUUCCAAUCAGUUCAUUCGAAGACGAAUACAAAAUGCUGAAACUGGACUUCACUGAUUCUCUGCCUGCGAAGCAUUUCUGCUGUUGCUCUACACUUCCUAGCAUCAGCAUGUACUAUGAUGAUCUCACCUGCAAAACCUGUGGCAAUAAGAUGAGAAAAGAAGAAGCUGAGAAAGGGUCUAAUGCUGCUUCGAGAGAUGGAGUGUUCAUUAAAAGUAAAUCAUCUUUCAUAAUCUCUACUGAUCUGCAAAUAUUUGCAAAUGAGACUGGAGUCCUACCAUUCAUCACCCUUCUUGGCAUUACAGACGUGAAUGAGGCAGAUUUGGUCUCAGUUUCGUUUGGGUUCGAAGAGAUUAUUGACUUGUUGAAGACAUCCUUGAUGUCCCCAACUCCAUUGUCGGACCUUUUCCAAGGUGUAACAACAAAGAGUUCAACUGCAACGAUUUCAUUGCCGGAGUUUGAUAAAGAAGUAAACCCCAAGUGUAGGAAUCUAAGUUUGAAAUUGAUGGUACGAAAAUCCACCGGUGAGCUUUUGUACGCUCACGCUAAGGAAGAUUUCGUAGAGUUUCUAUUUGGUUUGCUCACCAUUCCAUUAGGCAAGACUUGUUUUGAGGCUAUAAACAACUUGUACCGGAGCACGGCUGAACUCGACGUCGAGUAUUUCAAGACCUCGGAGACGAAGAAGAGGCUAAUGAAUCCCAAUUUGCCUCAUGGUUGCAUCUCCCCAAACCAGAUUCUUCCCCUCGCUGAGGAAAGCUUGCCUGCUGAAUACACAGAUAAUCUCUCCCUCUUUUCUUCGGUUGCGUUUCCCAAAGGCCAGGGAGUCUAUCUUGUGCGACCAACAACUUAUGUGGUGAGUGAUGAUUUGACCGUGAGACCUUAUCGUACAACCUCUGCCAUUUGGACUAUCAAUAAGAGGAAAAUUCCGAUAUCUGAUGUCGAAGAAAUGGAGCUGCAGAUUGGAUUGAAAGAGGCUUUGAGCAUACUGAAAGCUUCUCUUACAUCCACCACAGCUCUGUCCGAUGCUCUGCUCAGUACUUACCCAUCGCACAAACGACAAAAGAAAUAA